UGAGGUGAAUGAGUGUAGUCAGUGUGCCCCGGAAAGAGGGAAGGGGCACCUCCACAUUGACAAGGAAGCCACGGCAUCCAUGAAAAUUAAGAGGCACGGAAGUUACUCGGGCAAAUGUCAACAAAUUGGAAGCAUUUAACCACAAGAACCUCCGUUAAACUGUUGGGGGACGGUGUAAGGUUACAGUACGGAUGUUUCCUUGUGACGUAUAAGAGAUAAAAUAACUUGUAGGAGAAGUGUGGGUAACAUGAGUGAGGGCAACCCAAAAGGGGAGAAGCUGGAGGAGUAUGUGGAAGCAUUACAAGACUACCAAUAUGAGCAUCAUGGUCAGACUUUCAUUAUAUCCAAGGGAGAGAUCUUCUUGGUCCUCAAAAGCACAAAUAAUAUUUGGUGGCAGGUGAUCCGAGCUGGAAGCAAGCGAGCUUUUUACGCUCCAGCACAACAUCUGCAACGUAAAAGUUUAUCGGAAGAAGAAAUGAAGAGAAUAAUAAGUGGUCACAACUCAAGCUCUGAAAAUGUUUCUUUUCAAAGGAGAUCCCAGGAGUUUGAUGGAGGCGGACCCUGCUUGGCACAAGAACUAUCUCCUAACAGUACUCAUGCUACUAGUCAAGGUCUUCGGUCUUAUCCAGGACACUUUCAAACUUCACCUCUACACAUAUCCAAGUCAAGUUUAAAUGAGGGCAGUGCUGAAUCCUUAAGGCAUCAACCAAUUAAACCCUUCAUCAAGUCAAGAUCCAUUGAUGAGUUGAGGUCAGGUGGACGCAGUCACUCCACCCUGGAUAUCACCAAGAUGCGGGAAGCCAGCAGUGAGGAGCUGGAUAGACGUGCAAGUGGGGGUAUUCAGCUGAGUCCACGUCUCAGAUCCAGCUCAUUUGACUUAAGAAUGCCUCCUAAGGACACCGAGAUGAAGCAGGGAUCCCUAGACAAGCCCCGUAAUUCCAGGAUCUCCAAAGACCAAGGGGAUAGGCGGCGGUCUUGGGCAUUAGAGAACUUUAGGCCAUCCCUCAAGAGAGGGGAGACAGUGGAUGCAGCCAUUGUGCUGGAUGUACCACCUGAGCUACCCCCUAAGACAAGACCCAAACGUGGACUUAGCACAUUCAGCUCAAAUCCUGAGAAUGUUGGUCAUCUAGAAGGACCAAUUGACCUCAAGGUUGAACAGGCUAGAAUGGCCAAAUCAGGACAAUUAUCUUUAGGAAAGGAGCAGCAUGCUGGUAGGGAGGCAGAGAGGAGACACUCAAGACAUUCUUCAGAUCCUUUACUACUCCUGGAGGAGAAUACAAGCUAUCCUCUAUAUCAGGAAUCCCAAAAUGGCAAGGGUCCACCUAUUGCCUUACCCAGGAAACUGUUGCCUCCACAGACUAGUCUCAUGGAGAGCAGGCCUGAAGUUCAGCCUCAUAUAGGUGAUUACUCUCAUAGAGAUGCCAAUGGAAACAAGGUUAAAGAAAUUUCAAGCCAGAGCAGCAUUGCAAGCAUAUCCUAUGCCACCCAUGAGGGUUCUGUUAAGACCAGAGAAUUUCUGGGAAGUUUCAGACAAAAAAGUAAGGCAAGUGAACCUCCACUAGGAAAAUCCUCAGGCACACCAGAGAUGAUCAUAAAGAAUGACACCAACCUAGCACCACCUCAGAAGUGCAGGCCAGAAUCCCCCAAAACCCAAACUGUCAAGAAUAAAUUCUCGCAGGGUUUUGGCAGUUUCAGGAACAAGAGCAAAAGAGAAACCAAAAAGGAGGAAAGAGAGGAGCCACCAACAAGGGAAACACCCACGCCUGAUUCCUCACGUGGAGGGAAAAUAGUGCAGAGCCCACCAUCCCCACGAUGUCCCCCUCAAAGAACACUUAAUGGUGACUGGGGAGAGUACAUAGAAGAGGUCUCCAAAAGACCUUACUACUAUAACUCUGUGACAAGAGAGAAGCGCUGGAAGCCUCCCCGUUGGAGCAAAGGAAACACUUCCAAUUCUAUCUCAGAGGUUCCUUCUACUGGGACUGAUGACAGAAACUUCAAAGGAAAUGCACCCCAAUGUCCUCCAAAGUGUCCAACCCCAGAUUACCCAACCUCACCAAGGCUCUCCCACAAGCCCUUCUCUUACACUUGUAAUCCAGACACAACACCAAUCCAUUCCACCCAUCCCCGUGUUGCUGCCCACAACUCAUCCUCCACCAGUACUCCUCACUCCAACACAUCACAAACCCUCACAAACACCACCUCUGCCACCCGCAGCAUGUCCCCCCCACAGAUAUCAGGCAAGAAGUUGUUGCCUCUGUCUUUUGCAACCCCUCCCGCUGUGCCCCCAAGCAGUGCCAAACCCACCUUUCCCACUACACCCACAACGCCGGAGUUUGCUGACUUCACUGCUGCCACCACCACUGACGAUCAAAACUAUGCUCUCCUCGAUAUUCUGUACAAAAUGAAGCUUCCACGUGGCUGGGAGAAGAAGUACGAUGCUUUCAACCAAAGGAUCUACUUCCUCAAUGUUGUCACUCGAGAGAGGUGGCUGGCAACAAGCAGUGAUGAGGGUAAGGUGUACUACUAUGAGGAAUCCGGCACCAAGAGUGCAUGGAGAUUGCCGGAGGUUGAUGAGGCUGAACUGCCUGAUCAGGAAGGUUGCCCCAGCCAGCCAUUGGCAUCUCCAUCUGAGAACUACAGACUCUCCAACAUAACAGAGAAUCUAUCUGAGCUCAGUGACAGGACCCUUCGGGAAGGAUUCCUGCACCGCACCUUCCUGAUGCGAGACAGCAAGAAGGUGCGCAAGAACUGGACGCACUCCUACACUCGCUACAUUGUGCACUCCUUCAAUAACGGCUGCUCAGGCAUUCUUUACUUCACCAAGAACAAGGAUGAUGAAAAGAGGUCUGAAAUCUUUGAGUUCUUCUCUCCCUGCUACUUGGAGCACGCUUCUGACAAGAAGACCAGCCGACAGCUUGUAUUUGGGUUACGUAAUGGACAUGACACAGAAGUCCUGCUGCACUUUGAAGAUAAAGACAUUGCCCAGUUAUGGUUGAAGGACCUUAAGACUCAUGAAGGGAUAGAGUACUGUGCGAAUACUGAAAAAGAAGACAAAAAGGGAAAGAAAGGUUCAGAAAAGAUUAAGCGUGAGACAAGUGUAGAGCAACUCAGCCCAGACAGCAAAGGGAUCAAAGACAAACUUCGCAACUUCAUCAGAAGAAGACCCAUGAAGGAAACUUUAGAAAACAAAGGCAUUUACAAAGAGUCAGUAUUUGGCAGCACAUUGGCAGAGUUGAAGUCCCAAGAUAAGACAAAUAUACCUAUUUUUGUGCUACUCUGUAUUCAAAACAUUGAGAAAGAUGAGGAAAAUCUGAAGACAGAUGGCCUCUACAGAAUAUCUGGUAAUGCCGCCCAGAUUCAGAAGAUCAGGUUUGAGGUUGCUCAGAGAAAGCACAAUGUCUUGAGUCAAGAGAAGGAGAUUCACAAUCUUUCUGGUGCGCUGAAGCUGUUCUUCCGGGAGCUGAAAGAACCUCUGAUCCCUUAUGAAAUCUAUGAUGAUUUCAUACGUGCCACUGGUUCAGAGUACCGGCGGAUGAACCAGCAAGCUGACAAGCUAAUGAAGGCUGUUAACAAGCUGCCUGUAGAAAACCGUGAUACUCUCAAACUCUUGAUGCAGCACCUUCUUAGAGUGAGUGAGUAUGAGAGUGAGAACCGCAUGAGCCUCUCCAAUCUGGCCAUUGUGUUUGGACCGUGCCUCAUGUGGCCCAAGGUGACUGUGUCCCAUGACCUCAUGACGGACGUGAUGCUCCACAACCGUGUGGUGGAGGGACUUCUCUGUGAUUUUGAUAAGAUUUUCUCUAAGAGGUGAUUAGUUGGCACUGUGAUAUGCAAAAUUUAGCUCUGACAUUGUUAUUUUUAUCAUUUUUAUACAGAUUUCCCUGCCAUUUUAUCUGCCUUCAAUCUAUGACCUAAGGAGAUAUCUAAAGAAUGCAUUAUAAUGAAUUUUAUUACUAUUGGCCUUCCAUCACACUAUGACAGGGAGAGCCCUCUUGAAAAUGUUAAGGAUUCAAAUCUAUUAGUGAUUAUCCUUGAGUUUGAGUCAAAUGAGGAGAGGAACCUGGCUGUUGGAGGAGGAGGAGAGUUGAGUUCUCCCUGUGCCAUUGUCCUGUAACCCUGUAACAGAAGCCAGCUAUGUCCAUGCUCAUUUGCUUAAAAAUCACAUAGAAAAUGUAUCUCUUAAAAACAUUUGUAUUUUGUUUAUUAUUUAUAACUUUUUUUCAAAGCUCUGUUUUAAAGUGUUUAUUUGACAUAGAAAUGGAGACUACAGUCUGAAUUAGUGCUCAAUAUACAAUUUGUGAAUGUUAGAAGGAAUUGUUAAGCAAUAUUUUAUUAGUAUGGCUACUUUUGCAUGAAGUAUGUAAAUUUUGGUAUGCAUUCCAGUAGCAGUAUGUGUAAAGUGCUAUUUAUCUAUUUACUGUUUUCAUCAUUAAAACAUGUGAUUAAAAGACAAUGAAAGUUUGAUAAUAUUUUAAGGGAACGUGGACCCAGCAGUCUGUUUUGUACACGUAUACUACACUCAGUAUUGUGUAAUCCUUUGUUUAUUGUUAUGUAUGGAAGAAGCUGGAUCUUCUAUCAGCUGUGUAUAGAUGUCAAUGUAGGUGUAUAGAACAGGUCCUUAGUAUGUAUAUUUAGCAUGGACAGUGAGAAGUGUUGCCUGCAUAGUCAAGCUUCAGUGCUUUCAAAGCAGGACAAGCCUCAAAGUGAGAUAAAGCUGAGCAAAUGCUUUAAAUGCUAUUUACAUUAUGGAGUGUAAUUGUUAUACAGAUUUAUACAUUCAGGUUAGUUAUUAUUAUUAUCAGGCAUGGCUUAAGAUUUUUAUUCCCAGAAUUUAUUGCUAUGAAAAAGAAAAAGAUUUACUGUUCAGUUUUAAUCCUGUUUUCUCAUUUGAUUUUUCAGUUAGAAAAAUUUACUAAAAUCAUCAAUCCUACAACCCUAUAAUAAGUAAAAUCAUGAAAUGUAACCAUAUUGCUGUUAACCAGGGAUAGUUAAGAAGCCAAGAGAUUAAGAACUAAUGUGGAUUCUGGAGUUUGUUAUAUUUUUCAACUCUUGCAGAUAUACUUAUUGAAGUCUUUCUCCAAACACAAAAUUUUUAUGCCUGCCAAACAUUAACUUCACCUUGGAUAGAAUUAGAUUAGAUUAUAUAUUCCACAAAUUUUGUGAGGCAAUCAAGAGGUUCUUGGAAGAAUGAUAUCUUAAAACUGCUAUAAUAUCCAGAACAUAGUUUUGUAAUGAUUGAAAAAUGAAAGUGCUGAGUACGUAGAGAGUGGGGUGUAGACGUAAAGAAACUGUAUAUUAUUAUAUUUUUCUUUUCAAAAUUUUUGUCUACAUUUCUGCUCCAGAAGAGAAAAGCAGAGUAAUAGAGCAGAGAAGCAAAAAUGUACCAGUUAAUGCCACUGUUGACAUUUACAUAGUUCAAACGGCUUGGUGAAUGACAUGGCCAAAUGUUUGAUAUGAAGUUGUUUACAAUUAAUAUUUUUUCAAGUAAUCCAUCUAUAGAAACAUAUUAUUUAACAAUUUUUAUGUUUAUGAAUAAAUCAAGCAUAGAUUAAGCAACUCCACUGUAAUGGGUUGCAUGUGUGUAAGACCACAAUUGCUGUUCAUGUAUGAGAUAGAACUCUGUGAAUGUGAAAUGUAUGCUUUCACAGAGUGAGCUGUUGUAAUGAUACAUACUCAUAGCAGAUACAUGUAGGGCAGCAGAGGUAUAGGAAGGGGAAGCUGAGACUAAUUGUAGUUAUCAUCUACAUUCCUUUUAAUUAUUUUUAGAAUGCAAACAACUAUAUAUCCACAGUUCCUUUUUUAAAUAUUGAUAUGAUUCAUGAUAUUCACUCUUUAUGAAAUGUAAUUCACAUUUCCUAUUUUUAUGGGCUUACAAGUUACACAUUCCUGGUUUUCAUUUUCAGACAGGUGGAGUACACACUUCCUGUAUUUUUUUCAUAGGUACAGUAAUGGUCAGUAAUUGAGUGAAUUGUCACUCUUACUUUCACUGCAUUUAAUGUUUCCUCAAGUGCAAGUCUGUUGUAAGCUGUACGAUAUGUUGUGUGUCCUUUAUAGGAGGCUGUUAACAGACCAUAUGAUGCAAGAUCAAAGAAACUUAUCUUAACAUUGUGAAAGUGAUUGUGGCAGCUUAGUGACUCAUGACCGUGAUUGUAUACAGUAUUAAGUAUGUUAUCCUGAUUUUUAUCAUAAAGCAGGCAUGGUUCACAUUCCAAAUUGCAUACAUACAUUACCCACCCAUUUCUCCACUCAGCCUUUGUACUUUUACCUUCAUUUAUGAUUCAUUCUUUCCCUCAUAUUAAUGUGUAAGUCAAAACUUGGUGUUUUGUGAGUAGAGAAGGAGACUUGGACCGGUGUGUUGGGUAUAUGGUUAACAAUGCUUCUACAUGUCACACGUUCUAUUUUUCAAAAGAUAAUUAAACUAGUUUCUCCUUUGUACUACUAUGUCAAAUGUUGAAACAAGUGUGUGUGUGUGUGUGUGUGUGUGUGUGUGUGUGUGUGUGUGUGUGUGUGUGUGUGUGUGUUCAUUCUGAAAAUUUGCCCAAUGAUUAGAAAGCUGUUGAUACUCUACUUUUAUAAUAUCAUGCUUGGGUAAUUUGUAUAUUUUGAAUAACAAUGCAUACUGUAAAUAGGAUAUAAGAUGGACUGUGUGUGUGUGUGUGUGUGUGUGUGUGUGUGUGUGUGUGUGUGUGUAACUGUCAAGAAAGACUGUGGCUGUCAUGUGUAAUGUCUGUAUGAUGGUCAGGGUCCACUGUGUACAUAAAUAAAAAUUACUAUUAC